AUGGCUGAUUCUUCUGAACUGAUAGUUCAGACAUGCACAUGUUUUCAUCUUCCAGAUUGGGACAAUGAAUUGGUGUGUUACAAAGAAUUAAAUGAGGAUCUAACCUGUACCUGGCUGCCACUACCUCGUGCUGCAAAUACAGUUAAUUACACUGUAUACUUAAAAUGGAACAAAAUACGAAAACUUUUUCAGCAAAAAACAUCAUCACCUUCCAUCACAAUAGAACGGAAGAAUCUCUACAUUGAGAGAUUUGCAUCCAUUUGGGUAGCAGUGAAUUAUGCUCAUGACACCUGUGCAAAAGGAAAGAAUAUCUCAAUUUUACCAAGCAAAGCAGGAAAGUGCUUGUCACCAUCUAACAUAAAUGCUUAUCAGAUCACAAACCAAUUGAUAAUAAAGUGGGACCUGACAACAGCUCAUGCACAGUAUGAGCUGAGAUACAGAGAGGCACUCACAGAAUCUGCUCCAUGGACACUGGUGCCUGUAGGAAGCAAUGUUGUCAAUGUCACCAUUUCAAAUUUAAAUGCUAUAUCUUCAUACAUUGUUCAGCUCAGAUGCGUAAACAAGGAUGGCCUCAACUGUGUUUGUGUUUGGAGCAGAGAGAUUUUGGUCCCUCACAAACUCAUGAACAAGCCCAGAAUAUCAUAUAAUGUAACUACACAAGUCUCUGCAGGAAGAAGAAGUGUUCUUCUGAGAUGGGAGGUAGCACAAAGUGAGAACGUCCUUGGAUAUUUUGUUAAUGUGGAAAGAAUACCCAACAGCUGCAAUCACCCACCAAAUCACAUCUCUCUCAAAGACAGAAAAAUUCUUGUUAAUCUCUCUAUGGCUUACUAUAGAGUUAAUAUUUCUGCCUAUAAUGAAGCAGGAGAAUCUCCACAAGCCAUCUACAUUGUCCCAGAAUUCUCUGUAGCAGACUUGCCUGGUAAAAUCCAUGUCAAAAGCCAGGGAACUAAUGCAGUCGUCACAUGGACUCCAGAAUACAAUCCAAAAUGUUUUGUGGUUGACUGGGGCACUGGUAAAGAGGAUAUGCACAUGAAAAUAAUAAACACACCUACCAGAAAUUUCACAUUAGACAAUUUUCAGCCAUAUAAGUUGUACAAAGUAAUGGUACAUGCAUCUGAUGUGUGUCAGUGUGAAAGUUUCGUAAGACAUGAAAAGACUUUUGGAGUGACCCACUUUUACUCCAUUGAAGGAGUUCCUAGGACUGGUCCCGCUAAUGUGACAAUUCUGAAUAUAACAAAGCAUUCUGCACUUGUAAAGUGGAGUGAAAUAGCUGCAGAAGAUCGUUUGGGCUUUCUCCAGGGAUACAGGAUCAGUUACACAGAUUCAUCAAGGAAAAACUCUCCAGCUGUUACUCUCAACUCUUCUAUCACAAGUUACCAUCUUACUGGACUGAAGGAAAAGACCACCUAUCGUGUGCAGAUUUCAGGAUUCACUAAUGCUGGAGAAGGACCUCUGACUCUUUCACAAUCUUUCAGCACUCCAAAAUAUGAUAAAGGAGAACUUGAAGGUUUUGUGAUUGGUCUUUGUUUCAGCAUGAUACUCAUUCUGGUUUUUGCACCUCUCACUUGUUCUCUGAUGUUUAAAAGGCUAAAAAUAUCAUACUGGCCCAGUGUACCGAGCCCAAGAAACAGCAGUGCACUCCAAGAUAUGACUAAUUGGAAACCUGUUUCAAGGUCACUGCUUCAGGCACUGUCAGACAAUGAUACCACCAGCCUUUUUGUCAUAGAGCAUGAGCCAAAGGCUCCUCUGAUGCUAGACCUCCUCACAGAUGGUGGAGAAGACAGCAAGCAUGACAUUUGCAUGUCAGGAAAACCCAGCAAUAACACAGACAUGAGCCCAAGGAAUGAAGAAAUCCCUGCAGAAGCAGUUACAAGUGAAGAAGACACCAUUUCCAUUGAAGUACCAUUCUUGAGUGACUAUGCCAAUGAGUUUAGUCAGAAAGCCCUGAUGAGCCUAGCUAUGAGCAUGCCUGAAAGAACUGCUCAUCCUCAUCUGGAAAUGGAACUAAGAAGUAAGCCAGCACAAACUGUGCAUAAGGCUUUGUUUUCUUCCCAGGACUACCUUCAACAAAGCCAGGUGGUACUUUUGCCAUCUGGACCAAAUUUAAUGGGACAAGCCAAUUAAAUCUGAAGCAUCUUCACUAUUUUCCUUACCAUGAAAUCAAGUUCUAAAUCUUGUUAUACUUCAGUGGAGCCACUGGGACCAUAUGGGAGAGUGAGCUUGUGACAAUAGUUAUCUCCACUAUGGUAAGUUUCCUUGGUGAAGUAGACUGAUUAUAUAAUUAGAUUAACUAUUUCACCACAGUCAUUCAGUGGAAAGUCCCACCAUCUUCACACAGGCAAAAUUUCAGGGACUUACAUGAACAAUCUUCCAGUAAAGUACCUCCUGCUUGGUAUUUUUUCGCAGGGUACUCAGGAGCCAUUCAAGGAUCCGUUACUCACUAUGACCAGUUUCAGAUUUCUGAUUUUCAAAUCUCAUAAGUUCUUCAGCAAAAAAAAUUCCAGCAAAAGUAUCUACCACUCCAAAGAAGCUCUCAUCAAAGCUGGCUGAAGAAAUCAGUGCAUAUCUUUCAAAUUAGGAAUGGAAAGUUUGUUUAUUGAUCUACAUAAAACACCAUAAAUGUUUUACAUUCUAGAACUUUACAACUUUAGUCAUUGUAGAUAAAUAGUGCUGCGUAAGUGAAGAUGAUAAUAAGUUUCAUUAACAGUUUUGGAGUCAUUACUUGCAUUAAAUUAAGGCUAUUUUCCCCUACAAUUACCUACACAUUCAGAAAAAACCAUCCAUAGUUGGUGAUGAGGUGUAGCUGCAGAUAUGUUUUCACAUUGCAAUGACAGUAACUGUUAAACAGACUUCAGGAGCUGAACAGAUAUUUCAAGCCAUACCUCCAAAGAUUGCAUGGAACAGGAGCCACUGGAAAACCGGGGAAAAAAAUAUCUUCCUCAAUAUGCUUUCUAUGCAACUCUAUCAGGUAUCUCCACAAUGCAAGGAGUCUGAACCAUUUUCUGGCUUACAAGAGUUACUCAGUCAUGAACUUUGCAGGCAUUAAUGAUCUGCACUAAUUGUAGAGGACUCAGUUUAUUUUUGUUGUCUCAAGUUGAAGGAAUAGUUUAUUAAAAUUGCUUUGUGGAGAAAGUGAUCACCUGUAUUGUAAGCAUCAGAGAAUCCACAGAUGGACAUUCUUUAAAUGUCUCAUUAAAAGAGAAGAUGAAGGAUGAUUGGCAUGCACACAAAUAUUUCCACCCAUAUUAAGCAGUAUGAAUUAUAGAAUAGCCACGGUUGCAAAAACUCAGAAACUCCAUAUCCCCAUUUCAUUGAUUUAGUGAGAAUGCAUAACAAAACCUAGUUUAUUCAUUUUCCUUAUUUAUAUUCACUCUCUCUUUAGCUACAUCUCUCUAUAUCUCUUAAGACUGCCAGGAACAAACCUGUAUUUCACUGUGGGUUAUGCACUGUUUUGUGUCUUAGCACUUAAAAUUCAUUGCCCUUCCACAAAGUAAUGUGCACUCGUGGUUGUUAAAUCUCAUAAUUUAAACAAGGGGUAAGAGAAGCACUCUGGAGAAUUCACACAAGUUUGGACAGUCUUUUAUAUAUCUUUCUUCUUUCUUUGAACUUUAAUCUGGUGGCUUUGCCUGGUUUGAAUUUAAGAGAAUGCAAAUGAUCCCGCUAUUGGAGCUAUUGGAGUGGAGAUAUUUUUACUUGUAAUAUCUAGUAGUGGUGUUGAAAUGCUGUUCCAGACAAUGAAGUCCUGAAAUAUAAUCUUUAUCAAGUAGCCAUAAUUUGUCCAUUUCCAGAAUACAAGAAUUAUCCAUGCUCCUUAUUUACAGCAUUUCCUUUCUGGUCAGAGGAACUUAUUUUCCUGGUGCAGUUUGUACCUGCAAUAGCUUUACUCCUUCCUUUAAACACUGAAUUCCUCUUUUCUUACUCUGCACCUACCAAACCAAUAUGUAUUAUGCAUAAAAUAUGUGUAAGUAGGUAGAACGAAACCAAAGGCUUGCAAGCAGUUUUAGUAUAUGAAACAGCCUUGAUACGUGAAUCUUAACUCAUAGCUUGGGCUUUUAACCUGGUGAUUAUCAACUCCACUGUACUAGCCAUUGUGUGACAUCUUGCUAGAGAAAAUUCAUACAGCAGAACAGGAGAAUUGAACUAGAAGCACCCAUGGAUAUUAAAUAGAAGGUAUAAAUGUAUUCUACUUUCACUUAUAAAGCUCACAAUAUUGAUCUCAUUAAAGCAAUAUUUGCACAAUAUCUGUAAACAGUACAUUUGGGAGAAUAAGAGAUACAUGAAA